CACACUCCACGCACAGGCUAAUUAAGGUUUGCACACACCAUAUCUUAAUUAUAAUAAUAAUAAUAAUAAUAAUAAUAAUAAUGACGCAUUUCCUUUUCUUUGCUGCCCUUAUCAUCUCUCUUUCACUCACCCCCACUUCCUUUUGCUUCCAUCCCAAAUCCUUUAACGUCUCCAAGUAUCAGUCCUAUGACUCCGAUUGGUCCCCCGCCGUCGCCACUUGGUACGGUCCUCCUGAUGGUGCUGGGAGUGAUGGAGGCUCAUGUGGGUAUGGAAAAGCGGUUGAGCAACCGCCAUUUUCGUCGUUUAUUGCGGCGGGAGGCCCUUCUUUGUACAAAAAUGGCCAAGCCUGUGGAGCUUGUUAUCAGGUGAAAUGCUCUGGAGAAAGCGCAUGCUCAGGGAAUCCAGUGACAGUGGUUAUAACUGAUAGUUGUCCCGGUGGAUCCUGUGCUUCCGACUCCGUCCACUUUGACCUAAGUGGCACUGCUUUUGGUGCUAUGGCUGCAACUGGUCGGGCAGAAGAACUACGCAGUCUCGGCGUUUUGCACAUUCAACAUAAAAGGGUGGAGUGCAAUUAUCCAGGAACGUCGAUCAACUUCAUCGUUGACUCGGGGUCGAACUCGAACUAUUUUGCAGCUUUGAUCGAGUAUGAGGAUGGAGAUGGGGAACUUGGUUCAGUGGAGCUGAAACAGGGGGCCUUGGACUCAAACUCAUGGAUUCCAAUGAAGCGGUCAUGGGGUGCAGUUUGGAAACUGGACUACGGCUCAGCACUUCAAGCACCCUUCUCCCUCAGGCUUACUGCCCUUGAAUCCGGCAAGACUGUGGUUGCUAACAACGUAAUUCCGGCUGGAUGGCAACCAGGGAAGAGUUAUAGAUCAGUAGUCAACUUCGAUCCACUUAAAUAAUAUUUAGAUAACAUAUUAAUAGAAUAAUUAAUUAAGAGAGUUUUAGCUAUAUAUAAGUAAUUAAGGAGAUCUGCUGCUGGAGGUGGAGCUGCAUGCGAUGUUACUUGUUAGCAGUAAAGCAGUUAUAAUAGUAAUAGUAAUAGUAAUAGUAAUAUAGUAUAUGAGAGUAUGAGAGAAAGAGAGGUCAAUAGAUCCGUAAGUAUAAAAAAUAUAUGUAUGCAAUGAACCGAAAGUCAACUUAAAUCAGUAGAGAUUAAAGACUUUCUGGGUUUGUGAACUUGCAUGUAUAAUUUUAAUACUCUUAUUUGGGUUAAUGUUAUAAUUGUUGUGUUAUA